AUGAUGAGGUACCAAAGUGAAAGAACGGCGGUCGCCAGGCGCCAGCUGUACCAGCCCCUCCGCUGCGCCUUCUACGACGGCGCGGCUGGUGGCUUUGGAUUGCCCGGGGACGGCCUGGCCGCCGCGCUCUCCGAGGAUCCCACUGCCGAUGCCGCCCGCGUCUCCACCGGCGGCGGCAAGAAGAAGCAGGCGGCGAGGAACGUGCUGAUCCUGAUGAGCGACACCGGCGGCGGCCACCGCGCCUCGGCCGAGGCCCUGCGAGACGCCUUCCGCAUCGAGUUCGGCAACGCCUACAAGGUGUUCGUGACGGAUUUGGGGAAGGAGUACGGCGGGUGGCCGCUCAAUGACAUGGAGCGGUCGUACAAGUUCAUGCUCCGACACGUGCGGCUCUGGAAGGUGGCGUUCCACGGCACCUCCCCGCGAUGGGUGCACGGCAUGUACCUGGCCGCGCUUGCCUACUACUACGCCAACGAGGUGGUGGCUGGGAUCAUGAAGUACGAGCCGGACAUCAUCAUCAGCGUGCACCCGCUGAUGCAGCACAUCCCGCUGUGGGUGCUCAAGUGGCAGAGCCUACACCCCAAGGUGCCCUUCGUCACCGUCAUCACCGACCUCAACACCUGCCACCCGACAUGGUUCCACUACGGCGUGACAAGGUGCUACUGCCCGUCCGCCGAGGUGGCAAACAGGGCCCUGCUCCGGGGUCUCGGGCCGUCCCAGGAUGAGGUGAGGAAAGAGCUUGGACUGGAUCCUCAGCUGCCGGCGGUUCUACUGAUGGGAGGCGGCGAGGGGAUGGGUCCGGUAGAGGAGACCGCGAGGGCCCUCGGUGAGGAGCUCUACGACCACCGGAGACGGCGCCGGGUGGGGCAGGUCGUUGUCAUAUGCGGCAGGAACCAGGCGCUGCGGUCCACCCUGCAGUCCCUCAGAUGGAAGGUCCCUGUCAAGAUCAGAGGGUUCGAAACACAGAUGGAGAAGUGGAUGGCCGCCUGCGACUGCAUCAUCACAAAAGCUGGUCCUGGUACAAUUGCAGAGGCACUUAUAAGAGGACUUCCUAUUAUCCUGAACGACUUCAUCCCUGGACAGGAAGUUGGAAACGUGCCUUAUGUCGUGGACAACGGUGCCGGUGUGUUCUCCAAGGACCCAAGGGAGGCUGCAAGACAGGUUGCACGCUGGUUCAGUACAGAUGAGGAUGAGCUCAAGAGAUACUCACGUAACGCGCUGAAGCUAGCACAACCCGAAGCCGUGUUCCAUAUCGUCAAGGACAUCCACAAGCUCCAGCAACAACCAGCUGCGGUUAUCCGGAUCCCCUACUUGUUGACCUCAUCGUUUCCGUACCAUAUAUGA